AAUACAAGAGGAAGGCCAAUCACGCAAUUAAGCGGAAAACGGAGGGCAAAUUAUGAGCAGCCCACUACGCACAAGGGAUUUUUUCUCCAAAGUCCUUCAAGAAAACGUUUUCAAAACCCUCGCUCCCAAGAAACUCCCCUCUCUCUCUUUCUUUUCUCUUUCAAAGCCGUUCUGUGAUACUUCAGCCAAGACCCUAACCCUAGCUUCUCUCCCAACGACAUUAGGGUUUUGAUUGCUGCCUAUACAUAUAUAUAGUACGUAAAUACAUAUAUUUUUGGAUUUUUGUUGUCGGGCUUUGGGGUUCUUUUCGGUGAGAGUUUGAGAUGGUCUCUGGUGGCUCGCUUGUCGAGGGCGGUGAGACUCAGAUACUCUCGGCGCGCGUGCGCAGGACCAUCCAAUCCAUCAAGGAAAUUGUGGGCAAUCACUCUGAAUCGGAUAUCUAUGCGGCCCUAAAGGAAACUGACAUGGAUCCUAACGAAACCGCACAGAAAUUGCUCAACCAAGACCCAUUUCUUGAGGUGAAGAGAAAAAGAGACAAGAAGAAGGAGAAUACGGGGCACAUGGGCUCUGCAGUUGCACGAAGACAUUCCGAGAAUGUUGGUCAAGGGAUAAAAUUUCAUACAUUUUCUGACCGUAAUGUUCGAAGAGGAGGCUAUACACGGAAUGCUUCACAUGGCGAGUUCCGUGUUGUGAGAGAUAACAGAGUUAAUCGAAAUACAGAUAACAAAGUGAAGCCUGCUUCGCCGCAAUGUACAGUGUCAACCAAUGAGAAAGUGAUCUCAAAUGUUCCUGAAAAGGGCUUAACAGAAACCUCAGGCAGUCAGAAGCCCUCUGGUGGACGAAGUUCAUCUCAGACUUUGAAUGGGCCAACUGAUUCACACCCCAGACAUGCUCGAGAUGUCAGUUCAAGAGGCACUGAUGGGAAACCAGUGCUUGAGGAAAAGCGGGCUUCAAUUCCCAACACAAAUUCACGGGUGCCAGUGGCAAAGUCGAAUAACUCGCAACCAAAUCCUGCAACUCUAGCAUCAAGCAGUUCUGCUGUUGGGGUGUAUUCUUCUUCUACCGAUCCGGUUCAUGUGCCAUCCCCAGAUUCCAGACACUCAGGAACUGUUGGAGCUAUUAAGCGUGAAGUUGGUGUAGUUGGCGUCCGCCGACAGUCUUCUGAAAACUCUGUCAAAUCAACAACCAUGCCAAGUAGUUCUUUCUCAAAUUCACUUUUGGGAAAGGAUGGUUCUUCUACAGAGGAAUCACUUCGACCCCUCAACACCAUUUCUAGAACCGACCAACUCAGCCAAACUACUACAACUGAUUCUGUUAUUGCCAGCAUGUCAGUCAGCAGAACAUUCUUAAGCAACCAGUAUAAUAGCAGGCCACAUCAGCAACUUGCAGGUCAUCAAAAAGCUUCCCAGCACAAAAUAGAGUGGAAACCUAAAUCAAGCCAAAAGUCAGCUGUUAGCAGUCCCGGGGUGAUUGGAACACCUGGAAAGUCUGUUUCACCUCCUGCUGAGAAUUCAAAGGAUUUGGAAUCUGAAGCAGCUAAGCUGCAAGAUAAGCUUUCACGAGUAAACGUCAAUGACCAUCAGAAUGUGAUCAUUGCCCAGCAUAUUCGAGUCCCUGAGACUGAUCGCUGUCACCUUACUUUUGGCAGCAUAGGGACAGAGUUUGAUUCUUCUAGGAAUCUUGUUUCUGGACUGCAACCGGUUGGAACUACAGAAGAAUCAAAUGGGGAACCUGCGGCAAGUUUGUCGGUGUCAGCUCCAGAGUCUUCUGGUGAUGAUGCUUGCAGCAGCAAGCCAGCUGAGUUACGUGAUGCCCAAGUUAGAAAUUCUGGAUCUGAUUCUCCAGCAUCUGUAGUGGCGUCUGAGCAUCAAUUGCCUGAUAAAAAAGAGUCCUCAAGCCCUCGGAAUUUGGACAAUUAUGCAGAUAUUGGGUUGGUUCGGGAGAACAGUCCAUCCUAUGCCCCUUCAGAGUCACAGCAGCAUCAAGAUCCUCCUGAACUACCAGGUUUUUCGGCAUAUGAUCCUCAGACUGGUUAUGAUAUACCUUAUUUCAGACCCACAAUGGAUGAAUCUGUACGGGGUCAGGGUCUUCCAUCUCCUCAGGAGGCUUUAAGUUCGCACACAGCCAACAGCAUCCCUGCAUCUACAAUUGCCAUGGUACAACAGCAGCAACAACCACCUGUAGCACAGAUGUACCCGCAAGUUCAUGUUUCCCAUUAUGCAAAUCUUAUGCCAUACCGUCAGUUCCUUCCUCCACUUUAUGUUUCGCCAAUGGCCAUGCCUGGCUAUUCUAGUAACCCUGCCUAUCCUCACCCAUCAAAUGGUAGCAGUUACUUGCUAAUGCCAGGGGGUAGUUCACAUCUAAAUGCAAGCAGCCUGAAGUAUGGAAUUCAACAGUUUAAGCCUGUUCCUGCUGGCAGUCCCACAGGGUUUGGGAAUUUUACUAAUCCAACUGGGUAUGCUAUCAAUGCUCCUGGCGUAGUUGGUGGAGCUACUGGGCUUGAGGAUUCAUCUCGAAUCAAAUACAAAGAUGGCAAUCUUUAUGUCUCAAAUCCUCAGGCUGACGCAUCUGAAAUUUGGAUUCAGAACUCAAGAGAGCUUCCAGGCUUGCAAUCCACUCCAUAUUACAACAUGCCAGGGCAAUCGCCACAUGGUGCUUAUAUGCCAUCCCACACAGGUCAUGCUUCCUUUAAUGCAGCUGCUGCACAAUCUUCCCACAUGCAAUUUCCAGGUAUGUACCAUCCUCCACAGCCUGCUGCAAUUGCUAACCCACACCACUUAGGCCCUGCUAUGGGUGGUAAUGUUGGAGUCGGUGUAGCUGCCGCUGCUCCCGGGGCACAGGUUGGUGCCUAUCAGCAGCCCCAACUGGGCCAUCUCAAUUGGACAACAAAUUUCUGAUGGAAACAUGAAAUUAACCCCUUUUUCCUUGUAAGGGACUGAAGUAGCUAUAGAAAAUUUUCAGUCGUCUUUGUGAAAUGAAUAGCCAAUCUCUUUUCUAUCUAAUGCAGUGGGUGGUGUUUAGUUUCAA